AUGCUUUUUUGUUUAAUUCCUCGAAUUUGUGGAUAUGAGUACACUCCUCAAGAUCCACUAUUCAAUAAGCAGUAUAUAAUUCAAGAUAAUGACUAUUCUUUUGCUACAAAAGGAUACGAUCAAAUCAAAAUACGCGAAGUUUGGGAUAAAAACGUAUUUGGUGAAAAUGUUACAUACAGUAUAAUUGGUAAAGGAUGCUAUUUGGCACAUAAAGAGUUCGAAGGAAGAAAUUUACAACAAUAUAAUUACAAUGUUGACUUAGAUAACACUAAUGUUGAAGCAUACGAUCAAGAUCCAAACAAGGAAUUGUCUUCCGGAUAUCUUGCUAUUGCUAUUGCUUCUCAUAAUGAUGUUGCAAUUUCAGGAAUUGCUCCAAAAGCAAAAUUCUAUUGUGUUAAGCAAACAUAUCAAGAAGAUUACAAUCGUAUAGCACGUGGUAUUGAAUAUGCCAUUGAUAAUAGCGCUGUAUCUCUUAUUUAUGUACCUCAUACUUGUUCAGAUUUCCAUGAUACACAAUUUUCAAUGUGUUCACCGAAACCAAACAACGAAAAUCUUACAAAAGCUUUCGAAAAAGAAGGUAAAAAUACAAUAUUUAUUGCUCCGGUAGGUGAUGAUGCAAUUAGUGGUGGUGACGCUAACUUUUACCCAGAUGUUCGUGAUCCACAUGUCAUCUCUGUUGCAGAUACAACAAUAGAAGGCGCCAGAUCCUAUUGGUCGAACAGAGGAACUUGUAUUGUCGUAAAUGCACCAGCGGGCGGCCAAUUCUACACCCAAGGAAUUAACAACAGCCUUCCUAAGCCAGUAACAAUCAAGACAGAUUCUGUUUCUGGAGAAUAUUCCGAUCCAAUGUCUGUAGCUGGUUUAUCUCCUGUAGGUGUAGGUGCGGCAGUAGUAUCAGGUGUUGUAACAUUGAUGAAGCAAGCUAAUCCGGCCCUUACUUAUCGUGAAGUUCAAAAUAUUUUGGCAACAACUUCAGAUAUCAACGAUCCUAACCAUGAAUCAUGGACAAAGAACGGCGCUGGUAUCUACUACUCAGAUGUUUUCGGCUUUGGAAGAAUCAACGCUGAAAAGGCUGUAGAAAAGGCAAAAACUUUCGAAAAUUUACCAAUUCAAAAAUCCGGAAAAGUGACAUUUUCUGAUUUUGGACUUUAUACAACAAGAGGUGGCUAUAGGUCAUCUGAAUCGAAGUAUACUGGUGAAGAGAUUAAUUCGAUCGAAUACGCUGUUUUGCAGUUCGAUUACCCGAAUAUUGGAAAUCUCAGACUCGAUGUCGUUUCUCCAUCGAAUACAACAGCACAUGUAGUAUUGCCUUCGAACUCUGAGAACUCGCAGGGCACAAAUACAUAUGUAAUUCGUAACUUUUUCGGUGAAAAAACUGCAAAAGAUGACAAAUGGACAAUUAUCGUUAGCCGUGAUGCAUAUGGUAACCAGUCAACAGUUACUGGCAUCUCUCUGACAAUCUACGGCCACGAAAAGUCACAAAAAGUUGAAAAUCAAAAGAUUUUAUCGGAUCCAUUUGACACAAAAUACGAAAAUAAGGCUCAAAUCAACUUAGACAAGAGUUUGUCAUGCGGUGUUCAAUACGAAUUCAGCAUUUCCUCAGAAAAGAACACUUCAUUUAACGUAUAUCUUCAAGAUUUGAACAACAGAAUGUUCCAAAUUGCAAAUGACGUAUACAACUACCCUCAGCAGAGCAAGAUCGAGAUUCCUUGCUACAUUGGACUCAAUAAAGCCACGAUGAAGGUUGAAUCCAAGUUUGACAAGGUCCAAGGUACAUCAGACAUCACGAUUAAUGAACAGUACGAGCGAAAAGCUGACUCUUACAUCGUUAGACCAACUCCUUACGAACCAUUUUUGAUUAAUGACUUAAAUGAGGUUCAAAUGCCAGUAGAUUUCACGAUGCAUGUUAAGCAUUUGACCAGUGAUCCUAAUGGGCAGACAGCUAUUGUUGGUGUUUGGGAUCUUGAUAAGAAAGUUAAUGUUUAUACGACACCUAUCCUUCUGAAGGACUUCCACAGCAUAGAAUUCACUUUAGACCAGGAUAUCCCACACGCUGUCCUCUACGUGGCCCCUCAGUUCAAAGAAAACAGUGACGGUUGUUCAACCCUCAUUCAACCUAUCGUCAUUUCUAGAAACGUGACAAGUGUAAAGGCAUUCAAUGUUCCUUUGGCCGCUGAGUGUAUAACACCACCAGGAGUUAUCAGCGAAGUUGAGCUCCUUAAGCCAAGGGAUAUCAUUGAGAAUCUGAUUGGAAAGUGGAGUUAUAUCGGACUUUUCAUUGCAGCCGUUGUAGCUUGCGUAAUCGGAUUCACUGUUUACAAAGUAAUAGAUUGCGUAAAGGCAAGACGCCGUAGAGCAAAUCUCGAAGAAGAUGACAGAACUGAAGAAUUAAUGUCACAGACAAAUCAAAGCCAUGAAGGAGAACUUGCAUUAUAA